AUGGAGCUACUUACAUGCAUGGCUUGUUUAAGUCCUAAAGAUAACUUCUGUUCUUUUGACAAAGACAAGGUACUUAAACUUGCCACAUUUUAUCCCGAAGAAUUUUCAAGUUUAGAUGUGAUGUCUCUUGAAUUGCAACUUGAUAUAUUCAUUGAAAAUAUGCGAAGUGAUAAUAGAUUUCGGGAUUUGAAUGAUCUUAAUUCUCUUUCUAUGAAGCUUGUUGAAACGAAUAGGCAUAAGACUUAUCCACUAAUAUUUUUGCUUAUCAAGUUGAUGUUGAUUCUUCUUGUGGCUACCGCAAGUGUAGAAAGAGUCUUUUCGAAAAUGACAUAUGUCAAAAGUAAGUUGCGGAAUAGCAUGGGUGAUCAACUCAUGAAUGAUUGUUUGGUUACUUUCAUCGAAAAGGAUGUGUUCCUUCAAGUUCCCGAUGAAGAUAUCAUUGAUCGAUUUCAAAAUAUGAAGGCUCGUAGGAUGCAAUUGUAG